CACACAAUAAACUGCAUUUUCCAAAAUCAGUUGCAGUUAGCAGUUUUACUUUCAUCUCAGCUGUUAGUCGCAACCACGUGACAUGACUCUUCUUCAGAGGGAGGACGCGCGUGCGCGCGAGGUGAAGUUAGGUUAGGAAAGGAGGAGGAAGAAGGGGGGUGGGGGGUCGUCGUCACGCACGCGCCUCAUCUUCUUCCCAACGGCUGACUAAAAUGAUUGAAUAAUUUGUUGGGGGCGGAAGGUGAGCCGAGCCGAGCAGGAUAGGCGGCAUCAAAGUGAACUUUGAAUAGAUCACUCCAACAAAAACGGCAAAGAUUUUAAAAAAGAGACCAAAGAAGUCGGUGUUAUCAUACCGGAAACGGGAGAGGAGGGUGGUUCGGUUAUUGUUUCUUCCUUCUGAAAACAAAACAACUUGUUGACGGUUAAGUCGUUGUUUGGACCCUGAACGCACCACAGACACGCACAAAAUUCCCAAUAAUCUUCAUUGCACUGUUGCUCUAACCCACAAUGCCAACUCAGGCUCUGCUGCCAUUUGUGGAGAGCCCGGAGGGACUCACCCAAGACAGUUUGAGUAGCAAAAGCGCCAACAUCCCGGGAUCUGGCUCAAGCAUGACUCCUCACGCCACCUACCCCUCAAAGACUGCGGCACAGUGCGGAGCGAAUGAUUCGCCGUCUUGCAUGUUCUGCGACGAGACGUUCAGUCACCAGGAGGAGGUCGGGCAUCACGUUCUAACACAACACCCCACCACUUUCUUUGAGCCGGCCGUGCUUAGAAUUGAAGCAGAAUUUCGGAUCCCGGGGCAGAGAACCCGGUCCAAACCAAGCAGCUCGGUGCUGGACAAAGAGGAGGUUCACACUUGUAUUGUGUGUGGCCUGGUGUCGCAGGACGCCAGCGAGCUGGAGACCCAUCUGAGGAAGCACAAGGACUACUUCACCUAUUGCUGUAAUGUGUGUGGGCGGCGGUUCAGAGAGCCCUGGUUCCUCAAAAACCACAUGAAGAUGCACGGUAAGUCAGGAGCCAAGAGCAAGGCCCUGCAAGACCAGGAGGGCCCUGUCACUGUCAACGGUGUGAUCCAAGAGCCCGUAUCAGAGCCUGUGGUCACCGCCUACAAAAUGUGCAUGGUGUGUGGGUUUUUCUUCCCAGACCACAGCAGCUUGGUGGAACAUAGUAAAGUGCACAAUCGAGAGUUGGGCCCUGACAAAGGCGGAGACUCUGAGUCAAGUGGCACUGCGACUGAAUCUAUGACCCAACAGAGUUUUUUUCAAAGUCUCAAUCUCAAGCCUUGUCUCACAGGCAAAUCUUUGCAGCCUGAAAGAACAUCGAAAUGGAUUCCCCAACUGGAUCCUUAUAACACAUUUCAGGCCUGGCAGUUGGCCACAAGGGGCAAGAUUGCAGUUGGUCCUAUUACUAUGAAAGAGAUGGCCAGCACGGACAAUGAGGACUGCAGCUCUGAUAAGGAGCAGAUGAGCUCUUCCUGGUCUGAUAGUCAAGGAGACAAGAAUAUCAAAGAGGUUCUCGGCAGAGAGCUCAGAUCUCAGCAGCAGGCCGUGGCAGCGAUCCUGGAACCGCAACUACCACAGCGGAGGUCCCUGAUGCAGAAGAACAAAGAGAUUGACAGGCCUACCACUUGUAAUGAAUGCCAGCGAAGCUUUAAGACCUACCACCAGUUAGUACUUCACUCCAGGGUACACAAGCGCGAGGGAGGUGGAGAGGAGCGCCCCACCGUGCCCGCUGAGGGAACCUUGUCCAGAACAGCUUCAGCAGCUUACAUGGACAAUGGGGCUGAAGAAGGCUUUGAAACAGGUGAGGACAGCUUCUACCACUCUAAAGAGCGAUCGAAACACUGCAGCUUCUGUGGCAAAUCAUUUCGCUCAAGCUAUUACCUAACAGUGCACCUCAGAACUCACACAGGUGAAAAACCGUACAAGUGUGUUUAUUGCGACUAUGCUGCCGCCCAGAGGACAUCACUGAAAUAUCACCUGGAACGGCGUCACAAGGACAAACCUUAUGUAGAGAUCCCAAGCAAACCCGACAUUCCCUUGCCCUCCCCGAGUGACAGGAAAGGAAAUUCAUCGAUGAAAAGAUCCAAACUUUGGCUUCCUGUGGCCACGGGAGAACUACAGGACAAAUCGCAAAGCCGUGGCGGCGAGCUUGACAAAGUGGCUGUGCAAAACGAUGACGAGCAUGAAAAAGUCAUUGCUAAUCGAGCUUUCAACGCAACUGAGAAUGUGACCAUAAAAUCCCCUGUAGCUGUUCAUCUGAAGGUGGAAAAGGAGAAGAUAAAAGAUGAGAAUUGCGAGGCUCCAAUAAAUCUGUCCCUAAAAGUAUGUCUCUCCGUCCCUGCCAGCGCCCAAACCAGAAACGCAUCAAUUCCAUCCGUGUGUUCAUUCUGCACGUAUAAAACCAUCUACCCGGAGGUUCUGAUUAUGCACAAAAGACUGACUCACAAAGACAAAUGUGGUGGUGCAAGAAAGAAUACUUACGGCAAGCAGAGACGCCUCACUGGCUGCCCACCUGCGCUCCUUGGAAAAGACGUCACCCCGCUUCCGAUGAUUGACAGGCGCCAUCCCCGCCGAACCAAGUCCCCACCACCGCAGCCGACAAAACCCAAUGAAAUGAUGCCUGCCAACCUACCUCAUGCGCCGAAGGCGAUCCACGCACCUCUUUAUGUUGGUCCCCAUGAGAGAAAGCGUUUCAGGCACAACGGGGAGUCACAGUCUGACCAGGAGUCUGCUCACUUAAUUGGGCAGGUGAGGAAAUCCAGCGUGGCCGGCAUGUACCAGACUAAACAACCGACCACGUUCACCAAAGUAGCAGCAGCUGAGAGGAGUUUCCCUGAGAGAAGUGCAGCCAAGUGGCAAUCUGACGCUGCCCACUUGCUCCUGUCCAGCCAGUUUGGGAGCCUGCCCCAGAUUGGCGAGCCAUCCAGCAAGAGGUUAAAGCAAAUUCUACCUGUAGGGGGCGUGGACAUUGGGUUCAGAGGACCACCGCCGGGUGACGGCCGCAUCAGGCUGCGUCUCCAAGGGAGUGGUGUUCAAGGUAUGUCCGAAGGGUCGCAUCCACCUGCGGACAUCUUGGCUCCGUUAAAGAGUACGGCCAUUGGAGGAGGUUUGGAUACGGAUUGGAACAUGAUGAAUCUCCUGCGUGCCUGUACGCCCAACAACCUGGCAUCUCUUUACCAUGGCGUCCCGGCAAACCAAAACCACGUGGGGCUGGCUCAUCCAAGAGCAGGGGCCAGGAGUGUGCUGUUCCAACACUUACCCACUCUGCCCAUCCUACCCAGGAGAGAGUCCCCAGCCCCCGUCUCUGAGCAACACUCGGGGACCUCUGAUAAUACAACGUAAUAUGUCAAAGCACAUUGAAGGACCUGCAAAAUUUUUCUUCACCUAUGGCCUGACAUAAAUGGGUCCUUUGGAAAAUGUGAAAUUAUUUUCACAUGCUGCUACCUUAUUUUUGAGACUGUUGGAUGUUGUUUUGUUUCUGUUGCAGGUUUUUUUU